CUGAACGUCGCGAACGCCGCCGCCAUCAAAAAACUGUCGCUGCCACAGUUGCGACAACUAGCAACUUGCAACUAGCAACUAGCAACUAGCAACUAGCAACUGGCAACUAGCAACCUUAAACGAUACCAGCAAGAUCAAAGUUCUAUACGCAAAUCCAUUAAGAACACCUAUUGAAAGCCAUUUGUGAAAAUCCAAGGCAACCGUGCCAUUGAUUGUUUUUUUGUAAUUUUUUAUUGUGCGUGCAUUGGCAUAAGCGAUCGAGAAUAUACCUUUUGUUCCGCGAAUUGUGCCAGCUGGCGGCAUCAAAAGCUGGAGGAGGUGCUAAUCCCAUAAAGAGCACAAUAAAAUCGGCGAAAGUUGCAAAAUGCAUUCCACGGCAUGCGGCGUAGGUGCCUCGGCCACAAACCUCUCAACACUGCAAUCAAGCUCCAUCACAACGGGAUCGGGAUCGGGAUCUGGAACAGGAGCAGCAGCAGCAGCAGCAGCAGCAGCAGCGGAUGCUCACAAGAUGGUGCACCACAGCAACGAGGAUGCCAUGAACAAGAUUCCACUCAAGUCCGCCGGCGGAUUGGACUCCGAUGAGGAGAAGAAUGGCGGCGAACUCAUGCAGGACACCGCCGCCGCCGAGGAGGCGAGACGCGAGCAGAUGCGUGUCAAAGUCUUGGCCUGGAUGAAGAAGCUGACCAUCGUGCUGAUCUGCUUUAUUGGCAUUGCCCUGAUCAGCUACGUGAUCAUUAGCCUGUGCUUCAGUGACUGGCCAAAAUCGACGCCGAAUAGAAACAGCACAACAACAACAACAACGACGACGACAACAACAACAGAAGCAACAACAACAACAACAGCAGCAACAGCAACAGCAACAGAAAUUGCAAUUGCAAUUGCAGCAGCAACAAGCACAACAGAUAUUGCAAGUAGCUCAGCACAACCACCACCACCGGCAACAGCAACAACAAUUGCACCAUCAGCAACAGCAACAACAAUUAGCACCACCACCACCUCCUCCACAACAACAACAACAACAACAAGUACACAACAACCACCAACAACAACAACAACAACAACAAGCAGAACAGAAAGCAAUCCCAGUCCCACACUUAAAACAUUUCAUUUAACAGAUGAGCAGCAACAGGAAACGGAAACGGAAACGGCAAAUCAACCAGAAACGGAUGGCAUUGGCAACCUGAACCUGGCCACCACUCCAUCGGAUGACCUCCUGCCCAACGUGGCCGCCUCAACGGCCUCGAUCACGGCCAAGGCCCCCGCCUGGCUGGCGGAUCAGAUCCAGAAGGACACCGGCGAUCAGUUCGAGUCGGUGCUCGGGGUCUACCAACAUGGCGCCGUCAGUUCCGACAACCUCGAGUGCAGCAAGAUCGGCAGCGGGAUCCUUCAGAAGAAUGGCAGCGCGGUGGAUGCGGCGAUCGCCGCCAUGCUGUGCAACGGACUGCUGACCCUGCAGAGCAUGGGGAUCGGUGGCGGCCACAUGAUGAACAUCUACGACCGCGAGGAGCAGCACGCCACUGCGAUCGAUGCCCGCGAGGUGGCUCCGUACGCCGCCGAGCCGAACAUGUUCGCCGAGGAUCCGGAGAAGUCGUACAAGGGGCCGCUGAGCAUUUCGGUGCCCGGCGAGGUGAUGGGCUACCAUGCGGCCCACCAGAGAUUCGGAAGGCUCCCCUGGGCAGAUCUGGUUGCCCCGUCGCUGGAGCUCUGCGAGAAGGGCUACCAUGUGUCGCAGCACAUGGAACGGGCCCUCCACUCCGUGUUGCCUUACAUCACAAAGCACGAGCAAUACCAGAUCUACUUGAAUGAGCAGACGGGCAAGCCACAUGUCGCCGGAACGGUGGUGAAGCCACCGAAGAACCUCUGCACCACGUACAAACUGCUCGCCCAGAACGGACCCAUGGACUUCUACAAUGGCACGGUGGCCAAGUUGCUGGCGGAGGACCUGAGCGACAUGGGCAGCAUCAUCACUCUGGCGGAUCUGGAAUACUACGAGGUGGAUGUGGUUAAUUCGAUCACCAUGGACUUGGGUGGCGAUACCCUCUACGUGAUACCGCCGGUCAGCUCCGGUUCGGUGGUGGCUCACAUCCUGAGCAUCCUGCAGGGAUAUAACUUCACCGCAAAGGAUCUGUCCACCGAGGAGCUGAGGGCCCGGACCAUCCAUCGGUUCGCCGAGGCCAUGAAGUUCGGCUUUGCCCAACGGCCCGAAUUGGGCGAUAUCCAUUAUGUUGAUACCCGAGAGCUCGUCAGCCGGCUGAACAGUCCGGACUUUGGCGAACAGAACCGGGCCAAGAUCAACGACUCGUAUGUCCUGCCAGAUCCUCAGGCCUACGGUGCUCAGUUGUCCGGAAACGAGGACAUCGAUGGCACAUCGCACUUGGUCGUUUUGGCCCCCAACGGAGAUGCCGUCUCUGUGACCAGCUCCAUCAAUUCGUACUUUGGCUCCGGACUAAUUGGAGCCCGAACGGGCAUCGUGCUGAACAAUGGGAUGAACGACUUCGCCGUGAAGAACAACUUCUUCGGACUGCCGCCGUCGCAGGCCAAUGCCAUCGAGGGCCACCGGCGGGCGAUGUCCUCGCAGUCGCCGAUCCUGCUGGCGGACAAGUCCGGCGAUAUGCGGCUGGUGAUCGGAGCAGCCGGCGGCAGCAAGAUCAUUCCCGCCGUGGUCGAGGUGGCCGCCAAUGUCCUCUGGUUCGGCGAGGAUCUGCGGCAGGCGAUCAAUGCGCCCCGUUUCUACCACCAGCUGCAGCCCGAUGUCCUGGAGUACGAGGAGGGUGGCUUCCCGGAGUCGCUGCUGAAGCUGCUCGUCCAACGGGGUCACAAGUUGAAGGUCGUUGCCCCAACAAAGGGAUCGGUGGUCACGGCAAUUUCGCGGAAUGCCACGGCCAUUUACGCGAAUGCGGAUUACCGCAAACGUGGCGGAGUUGCUGGUUUCUAGGAUGUCCAGGAAGAAAGUCCCUUCAAUCAUCCACCCACUCAUUCACACAACCAUACAUCACACACCACCACACAUACACACACAACACACACACACACAGACACUGCAUUGAGAUUAGAGCAGAACUGCCCAGAAAAGAGAGCAAUUUCCAGGAAGAAAAUAAAUGAACGCGAAACCAAAUUACCAUAUUGGGCCGUUCUGGUCUAUAGAGUGGUCUUCGAGCAGAUCGAUUCGCAUCAAGUGAAAAGUAUUUAAGCUAGCUAUGUCUUUUUUACAUACUAUGUAUAUCGUACGUUAUAUAAAUUUAUAUGCUACUACCUAACUACUACCUUAUACAAUAAAAACCAAGAGAAAACCAACAAAGCGAAUUGUAUUACAGGUUUCACAAUCUUUGCAAAAUGUUUUCAAGAAACCCAAAGAAAUGACAAAACAUAUUUGCACUUUCAGAAAAGUAGUCUUAUAAAUCAAUGAAACUUAUGUCUGUUAGAUUUUACAGGAAAAAAUGUAUAUUAAAGUCUUGACGACUUAAAAUGCUGAUAAAGAACAUCCUAUACAAUUAAUCAAAAACAUAAUAACUUCCAGUUGAUAGAACUGGUUGAAAUGUGUAAAACUAUGCUGAACUAAAACGUCUAGUGGCAUUUAUGGAUUUUAUCUGGCAUUUACCUUUUAAGUGAUCGGAUGAUGAAUAAGAUAAUUCCCCUUAGAUCUCCGUAAACAAACACUUAUAAAAUGGCUAAGAUGCCAAGAACACAAAAUAAUCGAAUAAACCGUAAAGUAUGCAA